AAAUAGAAACAAAGUUGGUCACAAAUCACAUUGGCUUUGCCCGAAGUUUUUCCCCCACUCUUCUCUAAAAUGCUGUCAUGGGGAAAGUGACCGCUCUUGUCGACGGGGGAGGUCGGGGUGAUUUGCUGAAGAGGUAGAAGCUGUAACUUCUACGUGACCAUGGUACCUGUUGAAAAUACCGAGGGCCCCAAUCUGCUGAACCAGAAGGGGACAGCGGAGGGGGAGAAGGGCAUCUACCCAGCCAGCGACCGCCGGCAUCCUCCCUGCGCAAGAGGUUGCGGCAUGUUCACCUUCCUGUCCUCGGUCACUGCUGCUGUCAGUGGCCUUCUGGUGGGUUAUGAACUUGGGAUCAUCUCUGGGGCCCUGCUUCAGAUCAAAACCUUAUUGGCCCUGACCUGCCAGGAGCAGGAGAUGGUGGUGAGCUCCCUCCUCAUCGGGGCCUUCUUUGCUUCGCUCAUUGGAGGGGUCCUGAUAGACAGGUACGGACGAAGGCUAGCCAUCAUCUUGUCGUCCUGCCUGCUGGGACUGGGCAGCCUCGUGUUGAUACUCAGCCUGUCGUAUACGCUUCUCAUAGUGGGACGCAUCGCCAUAGGGGUUUCCAUCUCACUCUCUUCCAUCGCCACCUGUGUUUACAUCGCAGAGAUUGCUCCUCAACACAGAAGGGGCCUUCUGGUGUCCCUGAAUGAGCUGAUGAUUGUCACUGGCAUUCUUUUGGCCUAUAUUUCAAAUUAUGCCUUUGCCAAUGUUUCCCAUGGCUGGAAGUAUAUGUUCGGUCUGGUUAUUCCCUUGGGAGUUCUGCAAGCCAUCGCCAUGUACUUUCUUCCCCCAAGCCCUCGGUUUCUGGUGAUGAAAGGACAAGAGGAAGCUGCCAGCAAGGUGCUUGGAAGGUUAAGAGCAAUCUCAGACACAGCCGAGGAACUCACUCUCAUAAAGUCCUCCCUCAAAGAUGAAUAUCAGUAUAGUUUUUGGGAUCUGUUUCGUUCAAAGGACAACAUGAGGACCCGAAUCAUCAUAGGCCUAACAUUGGUAUUUUUUGUCCAAAUCACUGGCCAGCCAAACAUAUUAUUCUAUGCAUCGACGGUUUUGAAGUCUGUGGGCUUUCAAAGCAAUGAGGCAGCCAGCCUCGCCUCCACUGGGGUUGGGGUCGUCAAGGUCGUUAGCACCAUCCCUGCUACUCUUUUUGUGGACCACGUGGGCAGUAAAACCUUCCUCUGUGUCGGCUCCUCUGUGAUGGCGGCUUCACUGGUGACCAUGGGCAUCGUGAAUCUCAACAUCCACGUGAACUUCACCCAUAUCUGCAGAAGCCAGAGUCCUGCCAACCACACCCUGGAUGCGCCUGGGCUUUACGGACCAGGAAACCUGUCAGCCGCCAACCAUAGUCUGAGAGAGCACUUUAGAGACUUCACUUUCCAGAGCAGAAGCUCACUCAUGCCCGUAAGACAGGAGGUGGAGAAGAGCGAGGAGACAACCUCAGCAGCCUUACUCAGUGCGGGGCUAAGCCACACCAAACACCCGAUAGUCACAGAGCCCUCGGAUGUCCCAGCUUUUUUGAAAUGGCUGUCCUUAGCCAGCUUGCUUGUUUAUGUGGCUGCUUUUUCCAUUGGUCUGGGACCAAUGCCCUGGGUGGUGCUCAGCGAGAUCUUUCCUGGUGGGAUCAGAGGACGAGCCAUGGCUUUAACAUCCAGCAUGAACUGGGGCAUCAAUCUCCUCGUCUCCUUGACGUUUUUGACCGUAACCGACCUUAUUGGGCUGCCCUGGGUAUGCUUUAUAUAUACAAUCAUGAGCCUGGCUGCCCUGGUUUUCGUCAUUGUGUUUAUACCUGAGACAAAGGGAUGUUCUUUGGAACAAAUAUCAAUGGAGCUGGCAAAAGCGAACUAUGUGAAAAACAACAUUUGUUUUAUGAGUCACCGCCAAGCAGAAUUAGUGCCAACACAGCUUCAAAAAAGAAAACCCCAAGUGCAGCUCCUGGAGUGUAAUAAGCCAUGUGUUGGAGGACAACAAAGGCAGCUGUCUCCAGAGACCUAA